AUGCUGGAGAAGAACGGCAUUGACUUUCUGGUAUUGGAAGCUUAUCGCGACAUUGCGCCCCAGGCUGGAGCAAGCAUUGGUCUUUUACCAAAUGGUCUGCGAAUUCUUGAUCAACUAGGGUGCUACGAACGAGUUCUCGCCGAAUCUGAAUACCCAGUCGAAAAGGUGACCUUUCGUGAUUCGCGUGGAAAAGUGUUCUGGUCUUUUGAGGAUUUCAAUGAAAGAAUCUCUGAAAGACAUGGUUACCCAUGCGUGUUUUUCGACCGGCGCAUGUUGAUUCAAAUCUUGUAUGACAAGAUUCAGCAAAAAGACAAGAUCCUAACUUCCGAGAGAGUAGUUACUGUGAAAAACCACCCCACCCAUGUGGCGAUUACUACACAGUCCGGAAAGGAAUUCACGGGAACAUUCGUUGUUGGCGCAGAUGGUAUCCAUUCGGCUGUUCGACAACAGAUGUGGGAGAGCGCGCAGAAGUUAGAUCCAACAUGGAUCGAUCCGUCCGAGAAAGAUGCCCUCCCAGCAACAUACGCGUGCAUCUUCGGUAUAUCGAAAGGAGGACCGGGUGUGGAGAAAGGAACUCUGAACUCGGUUUUCAACGAGCAUUUCUCUUACCUGGUCCCAAGCGGUCCGGGAGACAGGACUUAUUGGUUUCUAGUUAAAAACAUGGGCAAAACACUCCAUGGUUCUGAGAUUCCACGUUACACGAAAGAAGACGAGGAAAAGCUUGUCAAGGAACACUGGGACGACUAUAUCACCCCGACACUGCAAUUCUCAGACUUAUACAAACACAAGAUAAGCUCCGUGUACACAGCUCUACCGGAGUACGUGUACAAGAAAUGGUAUUUUCAAAGAAUCAUGACCACUGGUGAUGCAGCACACAAGUUCGAGCCAUUGACCGGGCAAGGAGGCAAUAAUGCAAUUGAAACUGCAGCAUCCUUGGCCAAUCAUUUGGUCGCGUCUUUGAAGAAGAGCGAUUCGGGAAACCUGUCAACAACAGAAAUCGCGUCUAUUUUCGAGAAAACUCAGCGACAACGCGAGGAUCGUACUUGGUCUCUCGUCAAACAGUCGCAUGCCAGACAGCGCAUGGAAUGCAUGGAGACUUCUGUUUUGAAAUUCGUCGCUAGAUACGUCAUACCGUAUGUUCCAAAAAGCGUGCUGACAGAUCGAUGGGUCGACACAUAUGCUUCGGGUGUUUCCUUAAACAUGCUUCCGGCACCUGAGAGGGACCAUACAAUCCCUUUCUACGACGAGUUGCUCAGAGCCCCAUCCGCUCGUGGACCAUUUGGAUAUCUGUUGUACAUCGUCUUUGCGGCCUUCGCGGUAGUUGCAUUUCAACUACUGUUCGCAGCUGGAAAGGUAAAUGGCACCUGGUCUCUGGUCCAUGAAGCAGUCAUCAGUCGCUCAAUUGGCGACUUGAGUGGAAGCUUGCGUGAGUCUUACACAGGCGUGCAAUCUGUUGACAAAAUUCUCAUGACACUCGUGUCAAUCUUCCUACCGGCUAUUACCAGCCCUCGACAAGAGCAGCCAUUGCAGCUUCUGUAUUUCUUGUCGUCGAUGCUGCCGCUCAUUGCCAUUUUUACUAUCGAGGGAUAUCGACAGAAGAACAGGUGGUCCAUGAUAGCAAGUCCCAGCAUUUGGGGUAUUUUGUACCAGCUGCGCGGAAUUGGAUUCAUCGCACCACUGUACUUCGCUGCCAGCCUUUUCGUCUCGCGGAAAUCUAUAUUCCUCCUCGUACCCGGCCGAGAGGUACUUGUGGCCAAGUUCAUUCUCCCAGCGCUCAUACUUGGAUUCAUCGUGCCCACCAUUCUGCUCUUCUUUCCAUUCAAGGACACUGAGAGCCUACAGGCCGUUAUUGCGGCCUGGCAGCCUGCACCUGCACUAGUCUCUUGCUUCACAUAUGUCUUUGCAAAGCUCGCCAAUGCGGUGGUGAAGAAACCAAGUGGGCAGAAUCCAGGGUCACCCGGAGAUGACAUGUUUCACUUGCGUGCCAUUUAUCAGACAACUGGAACGAUCGCAGCCUGUAUCCAUCUCAGCGUUGUCAUUGGCUGUUUCAUUUCGAACGAAAUUUCGCUGAUGCAGAUCUUUGUUCCCGGAGAUUCAUUUGCUAGAGUUGAAACGUUGGCGGACGGUGUAUUUGUUUUCUUCCAGAAUGACUUUCUUCUCGUGACAGCAGCUAGCUUCAUAUGGAGCUUGGUGAAUAUUGCUGAUCUCCACAGAGCAGGACUGUCACGGGUUGAUUGGAAAGCUGGGCUCGGCUACUUGAUGGCCGGAUUUGUGCUUAUUGGGCCAGGUGCCAGCGCUGCAGCCUUGUGGUUCUGGCGUGAAGAUGUGAUGAGCCGGAGAAAGGCAAUCAAAUGA